AUGCCUCGGCCGGCCCUCCCGCCAACCCCUGGCUCCUCCACCGACAUCAAGGGACAAGACGGCGUUCAGCAUCUCUCAUCGAUUCAGAUUCCCUUUGAGCUGCCUCCGCCUGCAAUUCAUGAUGCUUCACGCACUUCUUGCACCGAAUCCAAGCACGCCUCGCCUUCUCGGACAACGACUUGUCCAGCCACGCUAACUUCAUCUCCUCGACGAACUGUAUAUCCGCCACAGGCCGCCGAGACGGUCAAGUCUCGCCGUCGACCGUCCGCCGCCAAGGACACCAAGGACAAUUCCUCAUUUGCUCUCCCGCCCCCACCCACCAGAUCACGAAAGAUCAUCCAAAUGAAGCCUCGCGCGCAGGAGGAGGCCGCGGCUGAAGCCUCACCGACACUAGACUCUGGCAAGGCCGGAGGCAAGCCAUCGGCCGGAGCGGCAAAGGCGGCAGCUAGCAAGAACAAUGCCACGAAGAAGCAGCUGAGCGCCACGAGUGCCGCCGGACGCAAGAUUGCCAGGAAGACUGCUCACAGUCUGAUUGAAAGACGACGGCGCAGCAAGAUGAAUGAGGAGUUUGCCGUCCUCAAGAGCAUGAUUCCUGCUUGUACGGGCGAAAUGCACAAGCUCGCCAUUCUCCAGGCCUCGAUUGAUUAUGUCAGAUACCUUGAGGAGUGUGUCGCCAAACUCAAGGCGCAGCAUGGGCAGAAGGGCAGGGAAGAGGCUGCACGCGGCUCGCUGCCCUCGAUCCGUGACUUUCACCCGACCUUUCGACGAGACCCCUCCGGCGAUGUGGACAUGUCCGACUCGGACACGGCGUCGCCUCUUUUCGCAGGCCAGACUGACGCCACACGCCUGUCAAUUUCGCCGGGCCUACAGCCAGACGAUGCUCGUCGCCGACAGCAUUCAUACUCGUCCGUGUCUACCGACCAACGACACUACUGCUUCAGCACAUCAGCCGUGGCCUCUCCUGCAUUUGGACCCCAGCGGCACCGUCUCUACUCGCAAAGCAGCGCACCUGGGUCGACGCUCACAAGCCCGGCCCUGAAGCCGCAGUCCGAUCUUGACCAGGAAGCCUCCGCGGCGCUGUUGAUGUUGAAUAAUGACAGGCGUGGCACCGAUCCCGCUCCUAAUUCCCGCGGUUUGUCUGUUCGAGAUCUGCUCAGCACUUGA